AUGCCUAGCUCGCGAGUUUAUCACCACGAGGAGGAUGCCGUCAAUAACCUCACUGCUCUCAUCAAUCCGAAGAUUGACGUCCGAGACAACGUCAAAUCCGGCCGAGCGCGGAAGAAAUUCACCUCGGAGUUCCGAAUUGAGAACUGCCAAUCGAAGUGGUCGCAGAACGUCACAUCUUGA